AUGGAGGCAGGGAAGGCCGCUGAUGCUUUCGGUCUCUUGCCCGGUCACGAAAUACAAGUUGCUGACGGCGAGUCCGCCUACACUCAAGCUAAGCUUGGUGGCCCCGCCACAUGGGUGCGACUGCCCAAAGAUCGAUGGCUGCCCGAAUGGCAUGGGAAGUAUCAUGACCCGGUUGUGCGUCUUGUAUUGGCCCUUUACGGGCACCCGGAUGCCGGUGGAUUCUGGGAACAGCAUUGCGAAAAGGCUCUCCGCUCUGUUGGCUUCGAGCAAUGCCCUGACUGGAAGAGCGUGUUUCGCCAUCCCAAGCUUAACCUUAUGCUUGUGGUCUACGUCGAUGAUUUUAAGCUCAGUGGACCAAAGGCCAAUCUGGCCACAGGGUGGGAGCUCAUGGCAUCAAAGAUUAAGUUGGAGCCGCCCUCGAGCAUCAAACGUUAUUUGGGUUGUGAGCAUGAACCCAAGAAGGCAUUUCCCGAGCUCACUUUUGGCGAUCGUGACACUACUGUCGCUCAGGGCUCUGUCGGUCCUCGCGAAAUCCGAAUGAUCAAGUACGAUAUGCGAUCGUUCAUGGAGCAAUGUGUCUCUCGCUAUGUCGAGCUCUGUGGUCCGAAAUACAAAGCCACCUUGCGGUCGGCUGACACGCCGUUUCUCGAUGAGUCACGACCGGAGUUCGAUACUAAUCCGGAUCGUCCCGAGGUGAACCGUUUGUUGGGCCAUCCCACCGAUACGCCUAUACCUCCUGGUAAGGGCGUUCUCGGUGACUGCGCUGCCGCUGUCCUGAUGAAAAUCUUGUAUGGUGCUCGCAUGGGGCGAUACGAUCUCAUCCGUCCUGUGCAGGCACUUGCUAGUCUCAUCACCAAGUGGGAUGGUUUGUGUGACAAGAAGCUCCAUCGUUUGGUGUGUUAUAUCAACUCCACCCUCGAUCUCAAUUUAUAUGGUUGGAUUGGUGAUGCGCCCGAGAUGUUAGAGCUUGUGCUCUAUUGCGAUGCUGAUCUUGCGGGCGACCGCACUGAUUCCAAGAGCACGUCUGGUGUCUUCAUGUGUCUUCUUGGCCCGCGUAGCUUUAUGCCUCUUAAUGCGCUGUCCAAGAAGCAGACUUCUGUGUCAAAGUCUACUCCCGAAGCCGAAAUUGUCUCCCUUGAUCACGCCGUCUAUAAACUGGGAUUGCCCGCUCUCUCCAUGUGGGAGUAUAUGUUGGGCCGUCGCUUCCGUUUGCGUGUCAUGGAGGACAAUGAAGCUGCCAUCCGAGUCAUUAUCACUGGUCACAAUCCUAAUAUGCGUCAUAUGUCCCGUACCCAGCGUAUCGAUAUUUCUGCGUUGAAUGAACGCUACCACGCUGGUGACUUUCUAUUUGUGACGUGUCCCUCUCAGUUUGAGGCUGGUGAUAUCCUGACCAAGGCCUGCACUGAUGCCAAAGCGAAGGCAUAA